GGAACGAGCUAAUGAUUCCUAGGGUCUCUCCGCUACAGUCACCACCAAAAAUGGUGAUAAAUUCACUGGAAUCUUUUCUUCCUCGUCCCUAGAACCUAACGACUCCACAUUCACACUGAAGAUGGUACACCGUCCUUCGGCGCAGUCUGACCAAACUCGGGCCAAUGGGCUGAGUGACGUUGCAAGCCCCUACCUUGGUUCUGCGCCAGAUCACAGCAUGUCGUUCGACAUCAAAGAAAUCGCAGAUUUGUCUGUGGCAGAAGUGUCAACGGCGAAUGUGACCCAGAAGGAGCAAAAUGGUGGUGGUGCUGCUGGUUUCCGAACUGAUGCCGAUAUCGCUGGCAACCUUGCUAUUCGCGAACGCAACCUCCAACGUUGGGAGCCUGGCCCGGAUACGGACGUCGAUCUAUCAUUGGAGAGGACGAACACGCAGGGUUGGGACCAAUUCGAAACGAAUGAGAGACUCUUUGGUGCCACAAGCAACUACGACGAGAACAUAUAUACUACCCGUAUCAACCGUUCGGAUCCCGCGUAUAAGCUGAAAGAGGCAGAGGCAGCACGGAUCGCUCGGGAGAUCGAGAGCGGUCAAACGGACAACCCGCAUCUGCGAGAGGAACGAGGCCAUGUGCCAGAAAAUGACGGUCUUGACGAGGAAGAGAAAUACAGCGGUGUCCGCCGUGAUGAAUUCCCUCCGCUCCAGUCUGGACAACCAAACAAAUACACCCCGCCGGCACGCCGGGCCCCUACUGGACAACCGACCGUGUCCGGGGCGCCUUUCGACCCUGCCAUCGUCUCAGCACAGCUCGCGCGACCAGACUCUGUUCCGAAGCCUGCUCAGUCAAAGCCGAGUGGUCCCUCGGAUAGUGCGCAGUCGACGCAGCAGCCCCAGCCGGCGAAAUCUGUUCCUCCUAAACCAGCCACCGAGGCGGAGCCAAAGACUCUACCGACCAAGCCCGCAGCGACAACUACGGCGACGCAGAAGCGUCCUGGCGUUGAGAAUGCGACGGCAAAUGUUGAGGCGGAAGUCUUGGACCAUUUCCGACAGUUUGCUAACAGUGAGAAGCUCAAGAUGCAAGAACGUCGCCGCAACCAGGCUUCCUAUGACCGUACCCUUAAGCUGAACGAGCUGAUGAAGUUCUCCAAGAACUUCAAGCUUUCCACUCCGGUUCCGAAAGACCUGGUUCCCAUCUUAGCUAAGGACCCAAGCAAGCAGGAGGAGAUCAUCCACAGAGCUCAGCAACAGGCAGAGGAAAAGGGACCAACUAAGACCACACCACCUGCCACCGAACAGAAGCCAGCUGCCCGCCCUGCAGUACCUGGCCGCUACGAUGCUGGCACUGUUCCUCCAUCGGCCCCGUCUGACCGUCAGAACUUCAAUCGCGGCCGUCAAGGAUUCCCGCCCACUGGCCCACAGAUGGGCCCAGCCGGGCGUAUGCAGCAUCAAACGAUGCAUCCUGGACGCGCUGGAUCCGGCCUACUCAGUCACCGCCUAGCUGAUAACUUGCAGCAGCGAAAGGGCGCAGCGAUUGGUAACGUACCUGCUGCAUUGCCUCUUCAAGAUGCCAAAGCGCAGCCCACCGCCACUGGGGACCAGUCCGGCGUGUCGAGCCCUGGCAAGGUCCAGACGCCUACAUCUGCCGUCUCGACCAAGUUCAAUGUGAGGGCAAUGGAAUUCAAGCCCAACCCAGCAGCGAGUACUUUUACUCCUGGCUCGAACGUUUCGAGCCCCCAGGUUGGUCUCCGAGGACGUUCAAUAUCUCGAGCAACCAGUCCAUCUGUCUUUUUCGGUGCGAAAAAGCCACUGCCUGCUGCAGAACGCCCUUCUAUCAGCGACAACUUCAACCCCAUCAAGCGCAUGAAGAAGGAGAACGCGGAUCAGGCGGAUAAGGACCACUAUGCGUUUAACGGUGGCAUCCCUCCGGCGUACAAGACCCCGCCUACUUGGGAUGUCGCUCCUGGCAAUGAGGAGAAGACAUAUGCUGAUAUGUUCAAGAGCCCUGUCGCCCUGCCAUCCAUAUCGCCUCAGGGCCGCGCUUCUUCUAACCCCCAGCUGCCUCAUCAGCAUCAGCUUCCUUUCCACCUUCAAGGAAAUCAUGCCAUGCCCCCUACUUCCGGCCCACCGCACGGCCCUCACCAUCUCCAUCCCCAGCACCAUGCUUCUGGGCCUCCUCAUUUCGAUGAUCACCAUCGCAUGCAGAUGUCUGCCUCUACAUCGCAGAUGUUUCCGUCACCUCGUCUCCAGCAUAGCCAUGUUGCCUAUCCAUCUCCCAUGGCUCCGCAUGCACAGCUGGCAUUCGGCCAGCCGAUGCCUCAAUUUUACAUGAACCAAGGGGCCCCGCAGCCUGCCCACAUGCGGCACUAUCCUGGCGCACCGCAGUUUGUGAAUCCGCAGGCCAUGGGAGCUCCAAUGAUGGUCCAGCAGCCCUCGAGUGGUCCGUACAUGGGAAUGCCCCAAGCAAUGACCCCUUAUACGCCUCAGAUGCAGAUGUACUCUCCUAGCCCUGCCCAUGCCUACCCGCAGCAUGCUGCGCCGCCUCCCCAGCCGCACAGUGGAUAUCCCAGUCCCAGCCGAGGGGCCCCGAUGAUGAUGCACCAGGGCUCUCAGCCCGGUCAACCGCCGCAGCCCGUGAUGUUCAUGGCGCCUGGACAGCAUGGCCAACCCGUCUAUGCGUCUCAGCAGCCUGGUCACAGUAAGCUUCGCUGAACUCGCUCGUCGUACGGAACGCAAGGUUGCUGAUUCUAUCUAGUGCCGCCCGUGCGGACAGCCUACCCACAGCAGCAACCUUACUUCUCGUCGAGCCCUCAUCAGAUGCAGCCUUACAUGCCUCACCAGCAUCGUGCUCCCAGCAAUGGCUUCAAUCAGAUGCCUCCCCAUAUGCCUU